GUGAUUUUGGUGCCUCCAUUUUGUGUUUCGAGGUGAUUUUGUUGCCUCCAUUUUGUGUCUCGAGGUGAUUUUGUUGCUCCAAGAACCUCCCCAACAAAGCUGACACAAGCGCUUCUCCAUGGCCCUGAUCAGUUACAGCCGUAAUUAGUCUCAGGAUCAGUCUCAGAUCAGUCUCAGGAUCAGUCUCAGGAUCAGUCUCAGGAUCCCCGCUCUCGCCUUUGCCCACCAGGCCUCCCCCGCCACGAUAAAGCGAUAACAGAACGGAAAUCUCGAUGCAUCCGCGGGUCGGAAAAGUCUAAAGUGUUUUACUGAUGCUACUAAUAAAAUAGAGAAAAUAAUAUAAGGUAUAUAAAACCAAUCUGGAAAACGGCAGCAGCUGCAGGGCAGGCACCCGAAAUCCCGGACUGGACUCUGCAGCCACGCGGAGCUGGAUUUGGUCCUUUGGCCUCGGUUCGCAGCAAUGAAUCACAAGGUCCUCUCCUAAUGUCGGCCAUAGGGAAAAAUGAUGAGUAAUAUACCUCAUUUUAUACGAAAUAUGAUGUGAAUGGGAUGUUAUACUUAGUUGGUCGGUUUUUGGCCACCUGUUUCUCGUUGGCCCCUCGCGGGAUGUGCGUCCAUCCUUAUCAAUGACCUCGCAUUCCGUUGCUAUGGCUACCAAAACACAUCUGGCUUUCAGGAAAGCACACUUAGCAAGACUUGAGUUGAAAUUCAUUAAAAGAGAGACUUUUUAACAAAACCAGGACACGCGGCGACAGCCCCACGUCCAGCGCGCGGUUUCCUGCGGCCAGCGGCUUCUCCUUCGUUAUCAGCUUCUUUGUUAUCAGCUUCUUCGUUAUUGCUUCUCCUUCGUUAUCGGCGCUUCUGAUGGCGUCGGACGGGUGGAGAAGGCGGUUCAGAGACACCGGGCAGCACCGGCCACACGGAGCCCCGAGCAGCCCCGGAUCGCGGUGCCGUGGUGCUCAACAGCCUCUUGGUGCUCAACAGCGUCCCCACGAUGCUCAACAACGUCCCCAUGAUGCUCAACAACGUCCCCAUGAUGCUCAGCAACGUCCUCACGAUGCUCAACGUCUUCAAGAUGCUCAGCAGCGUCCUCACGAUGCUCAGCAACGUCCCAUGAUGCUCAGCACCGUCCUCACGAUGCUCAGCAAUGUCCUCAUGAUGCUCAGCAACGUCCUCACGAUGCUCAACGUCUUCAAGAUGCUCAGUAACGUCCUCAUGAUGCUCAACAGCGUCCCCAUGAUGCUCAACAACGUCCUCAAGAUGCUCAGCAUCGUCCCCAUGAUGCUCAACAUCAUCCCCAUGAUGCUCAGCAACGUCCCCAUGAUGCUCAACAGCAUCUUCAUGAUGCUCAACAGCAUCUUCAUGAUGCUCAACAACGUCCUCAAGAUGCUCAACAGCGUCCCCAUGAUGCUCAACAGCGUCCCCAUGAUGCUCAACAGCGUCCCCAUGAUGCUCAUCAACGUCCCCAUGAUGCUCAACAGCAUCUUCAUGAUGCUCAACAACGUCCUCAAGAUGCUCAACAGCGUCCCCAUGAUGCUCAGCAAUGUCCUCAAGAUGCUCAGCAACAUCCCCAUGGUGCUCAACAGCGUCCCCAUGGUGCUCAACAACGUCCUCAAGAUGCUCAGUAACAUCCCCAUGGUGCUCAGCAACGUCCCCAUGAUGUUCAGCAAUGUCCCCAUGAUGCUCAACAGCCUCAAGAUGCUCAACAACGUCCCCAUGGUGCUCAACAACAUCCCCAUGGUGCUCAACAACAUCCCCAUGGUGCUCCUCGCCGCGUUGCUGUCGUCUGGACGCCGACCGCUCCCGCUCCUCCUGCCGCUGCUGCCGCCGGCCGCGUCCUCGGUGGCCCCGCUCCUGCCCCCCACGCUCUCCGCAGACCCCAGCCGCCCUUUCUACUACGAAGGGGAGCGUCUCGCCUUGGUCUGCGCGGCCAGGACGCCGAUGAAGAUCGCCGGGUUCCGCUUCUUCAACCAGAGCGGGGAGCAGGUGGGCCCGCAAGUGCUGCACCCGCUCCCCACGGCCUGGCUGCCGCUCACGGCCGCCGCGGCGGCCGCCGGCGAGUACACCUGCAUGUACUUCGUGGAGGACGCCGGGCGAGAAGUGCCUUCCGAUCGCAGCGUUCCCCUCGCCGUCGAGGUUCGGGCCGCUCCCGCGGCCCCGACGUUUUCCCUGGACCCUCAGCAGCGCAUCUAUAGAACCGGGGGCUCCGUCACGCUGCGCUGCUCCGUCCCCGCGUCUCCGGAUUACGUCCGGGAGGUGCAGUACUACGGCGACUCCGGCCUCGCCGUCUCCAUCCCGGUGUGGAACGUGCGGAACUGCAGCUACGAGCUGCGCCUGGCGGGACGGGAGCUCUCGGGCUCCUACAGCUGCGCCUAUUUUGUGUACAAAUCCGCGCGGCCCGUGCGCUCGGGGAGGAGCCGCUGGAUCCGCGUGACCGUGAAACGCCACCAGAUCGGCUGGAUUCGAGACGCCGCUGUCGGGGGCUCGUUCUUCACCAUCAACGGCCUCAUCUUUGUCUUCACCCACCUCCGGAUGAAGAGACAAGAGCGCCAAGACUGAGGAGCCGCCGGAGGAGCUGCCGCUGCGCUCCAUCGCGCCGGGUUCUUAUUUACAUGGCAAAUGUAAACCGCUGCACCUCGGGCUUUACCCACACAACCCCCGGGACCUCUGGACGUCAUCCAGUCCAGCCCACCCGGAGCAGGUCACGGCAUCCCAGGCGGCUUCGAAUGCCUCCAGGGAUACUGAUCCAUUGGUCACGUCCCCCUCAGCUUCUCUUCUCCAGCUCCACGCCCCGGCGGAGCGUCUCCUCGUCACCAAGAUGCUCCAGACCCCUCGGCGUCCCCGUGUCCCUCCCUGGACUCUCCAGUCCUUGUGCUUAGACUGGGGAGCCCAGAGCUGGUCCCAGUUGGGGCAGAGCAGAGCGGGAGGAUCCUUCUCAUGCCCCCAGCCUCAGGCUGUUGGGGAGGGGUUGGGGAGCAGGACGCACGCCCAGAUCCGCUUGUUGCCCCCCGGGUGUCCCACAUUUGCUGUCCAGGCCCAAUAAACACGCGGUGUCUGCGCUGUCGCCCCCCGGCUCCUCUCUGUAGAGCCGAUGCCUCGGGGAGGGAAACGCGAUCGUUGAUCCCUGUUGGUUCCUUCCAACCCGGGACAUCCUGUGGUUCUUCCUCGCUGCGUCCCACUGUCGUGGGGAUUUGGUGCUGGGAACA